AUGUCUUCCCCCAAACCCGCGAUCGACCUUCUCCGAGGCUGGCCCGCCGCAAGCCUUCUCCCAAGACUUCGUCUGAGAGAUGCAGCGGUCUCUGCCCUGUCGGACUCAGCUAUAUGGGAGCCCGGCCUGGAAUACGGCCCAGACGAGGGAUACGGUCCGCUCAGGGAGAGCAUCGCGGAAUGGCUUACAGAGUUUUACCGUCCUCCGCGCCCCGUGUCGAUUGAAGAAAUAUGCAUCACAGGAGGCGCCAGCCAGAACCUCGCCUGCAUCUUGCAAGUGUUCACGGACCCCGUUAAAACAAGAACCAUAUGGGCCGUAGAGCCGACGUACCACCUCGCCGGCCGCAUAUUCGACGACGCAGGGUUCCACGGCCGAAUCCGAGGCGUCCCUGAAGAUGAAGACGGCAUCGACGUCGCGUUCCUAGAAGCGGCGCUCGUAGCCGACGAGGCUCGCGCUGCCUCUGAUCCUGUAUCUGAAAGCACCGUAAGCGUCGCUUUACCACUAUCGCCAUCACGAGAGAAAAGACAAGCGCCUAAACAGCACCAGAGCAUCAAACCCGCCCGCCCGUACCGCAAACUCUACACGCACGUCGUCUACCUCGUCCCCUCGUUCUCGAACCCCUCGGGCACCACGACGUCGCUCGCUAGGCGCGAAGGCCUCCUCCGCCUCGCGCGCAGAUUCGACGCCCUCGUCGUCUGCGACGACGUCUACGACUUUUUGCACUGGCCGCCGGCGGGCGUCGACUCGCCUCUGCCGUACGCACACGGUGCGGUGCUGCCGCGGCUGGUGGACCUGGAUGACACGCUCGAUGGAGGGCUGAAAGACCGGUUUGGCAAUGCGGUUAGCAAUGCUAGCUUUAGCAAGAUUGUGGGGCCCGGUGUUCGUGUGGGCUGGGCGGCUGGGACGCGGGAUCUGGUGUAUGGGAUCUCGCAAGCCGGCUCAACACGCUCGGGCGGCGCCCCGUCACAGUUCACGUCGACGCUCGUGCACGAGCUCUUCAAAGAAAGAUACCUGCAGACGCACAUAGAAACAGUGCUGCGCCCUGCAUACGCCAGCCGGUACUGCGCGCUCGUUGCCGCGAUCAACGAGCAUCUGCUUCCACUCGGCGUGACCACCGCUGCUGCGACAUCCGAGAACCAUGCCGCCGCUGGCGGCUACUUUGUGUGGCUCCAGCUUCCUGCAGGUCUGUCAGCGGCCGCGGUGGCGAAAAAAGCGCUCGACGAGGAAAACCUCGCCGUCGCUGAGGGAGGCCUCUUCACUGUUCCAGAGGACGACGCGGCGGCCGGCCGGCUCGACAAAUACGUCAGACUCUGCUUCACGUGGGAAGACGAGGGCAACAUCCAAGAAGGCGUGACGAGGCUCGCACGUGCAGUUAAAAAGUUCUUAUAA